UCCCGAGACUUCAUCUCCGCGAGACCGGCCACGUAACCACCGCCAUAUUGAAACAGUUGUGGAUCGUCUGUGGUUCCUCCCACUGCUUGAGAUUUUGUAGUUUUCUACAACAUGGGAGGCACGCAGAGCGCCGAGAUACCCGGGGGAGGCACAGAAGGCUACCACGUCCUUAGAGUCCAGGAGAACUCCCCUGGUGCAAAGGCGGGGUUAGAAGCAUUCUUCGAUUUCGUCGUGGCCAUAGGAAACACAAGAUUGGAUAAGGACAAUGACACCCUUAAGGACCUCCUUAAGGCGAAUGUUGAGAAGCCUGUGAAGAUGAUGGUUUACAGCAGCAAGUCUCUGAAGGUCCGAGAGGUCACCAUCACCCCCAGCAACAUGUGGGGAGGUCAGGGGUUACUCGGGGUCAGCAUUAGGUUCUGUUCGUUUGAAGGAGCCAAUGAGAAUGUGUGGCAUGUACUGGAUGUCCAGCCCAAUUCCCCUGCAACACUGGCUGGUCUGAAGUCCAACACUGACUACAUCAUCGGGGCAGACACAGUACUACAUGAGUCUGAAGACCUGUUCUCCCUGAUAGAGUCCCACGAAGGCAAACCCCUGAAGCUGUAUGUUUAUAAUGUGGAGACGGACAGAUGUCGAGAAGUCACCAUCACUCCUAACGGGGCAUGGGGAGGAGAGGGGAGCUUAGGCUGUGGAAUAGGUUAUGGAUAUCUACACAGGAUACCCACAAAGUCCCCCCAGGAAGUGAACAUGUCGGUGCCAGCCUCCUCUCCCCCCUCCUACAACAGUGUGGUACAACCCACCAACGUGGCUCCUACUCCUGAUGGCUUCUCAGAGGUACCUCUAAGUGGUACUACCCCAUCUCCGCAGAAAGCACCAGGGCUGGACCAGGGCAUGGCGUCCCUGUCGGUAGGGACGGUCCCCACCCCCUCCGUGCCUGGUGCACUCACUACGCCAACUGUAGGACCCAACCCUCUCACCACAGGUGAGGAGAACCAAGUUUCACAACAGGAGGGCCAAGAGUUACCCACACCCCCAGCAAACCAGCAACAAGAACAAACUGUUCAGAACACUGAUGGCACCCCCACAGUUCCAGUGUUGCCCGCUGGGUCACCUGCCCCUGCUGUAGGACUACCCUCCCUGCCAAAUAUGGGCGCGCAACCGGGCGUGUCCCCGGCAACAGCAGCCUUGCCAACAAUGCCAGGUAUAACGCCGCUCCCUAACCUGCCCCCUCUCACAACCCCCAUCUCCCUCCCUGGCAUCCCCCCGCUCAACUUACCGCCAGGCCUGGCGACAACGAUGCCCGGCGGACUCCCGAUGCCGUCUACCCUGCAGUUCACUGCUGGCUCUGUACCCCCCAUCUCUUUGCCUGCCAACAUGACCAUGCCACCUGUUUCACUCCCUACCACAUUCUCCAUCCCCCCAGCUUCCUUCCCAGCAUCCUCCUCUACCUCGCUCCCUAGUGUAGCCCCUUUACCCACGCUGCCCCCGGGUAUCACCAUCCCUCCCCUUACCCCUCCUACCCUUCCUAGUGCCCCCGUUACGGAUUUGACAGAAAAAGCGCAAGAAGCAACGUCACAAGAACAAGUGGAGAACACGACAACAGAAGCAGUAACUGCAGCGUCAUGAACAAAAACAACCUGUCAUAAAUUAGGAAUCCUGGACACCCCCAUGUACAAAAUGUGUUGAUCAGGUCAUAGGUCAGCAAAAUAGUUCUUCAAAUAGUUAGUUAUGGAAAGGUAAUAAAGAGUGAUGAAUAAGGAAUACUGUUGUCAACAAUGAAUGGAAUAAUACUUAAUUAGAACUUGUUUCUAAAUCAACUUUUGUCUAUACGUUUUCUUCCCAAAAAGGUUGAAAAAUACUCUAACCUUGCAAGUUGUAGCCACGAAUAGAAAGUACAACAGAGGUUUGCAAAGGGUUGUUAUUCCCCAUUGUGAAAAGCUGGACUUCCAGUUAGAAAUGCUUACAGAAAGCAGCACAAUUAGAGAAAAGUUUGUAUCUCUCAAAGGCUUGUUGACAAUUGCUAUUUUACGUUGAUCGAUAGUUAUUAAUACACAAGUGUGCAUUUUUCUUGUAAGAACAAUAGCCAGAGGCAGUUAUCAACCGAAAUUUUGCUAUAUUUAUCAUGGAGUAAACGACAUAGUUGUAAAUAUUGGUUAGACAACCUAUAUUGGAGUUAUAAGUAUAACAACAAUAGUAAUUCCAUUGUUGUUAUCUGGGGAUUCGAGGGCGGGCGUAUUCUUCCUGGGUGUGGGUGUAGCUUUUAGACAAACCACACUCCUACUAUGUAUGAUGCAAUAGCAUAUACAGUCUUGUACACAAAAGAACUGGCAAGAGUUACUCUCAUGUGUCUUUGUUUUAUUACCUCCAUGAAAUAUUGAGGUAUUGUUUCGGGUG